AUGGCCGCCGCCGCCUACGACGCCGCCGCAUUGGCGCUGCGGGGUGCCGGCACGGCGCUCAACUUCCCCGACGCCGCCAUGUCGCGGCCGGCGCCCGCGUCCGCGUCCGCGGAGGACGUCCGGGCCGCGGCUGCCGCGGCCGCGGCCGCGAUGGCGGACUUUGGACAGCCGCCACGGAAGAGAAGCGGUAGUCGGCACGACGAGCUGCAUGGUCACAGUGGUGGCGGCGGCGGCGCGGGCGUCGUGGACGAGGACGACCUGUUCGAGAUGCCGCGGCUGAUGCUGAGCAUGGCGGAGGGGUUGAUGAUGAGCCCGCCGGUGCUGGGCCCUGCGGCGGCGGCGAUGGAAGCCGACGAGGAAGGCGUCAGCCUGUGGGAUCACUCGUGA